CGCUUGUGUUAGACCCCAAGAGAGGACAAAGAGAGAGAGAGAGAUGAGAUCUGGAAGCUGGAAUCUGAAAAUAUAAAUCAAGCAGGUUCAUUGAGGCGGAGAGACGCUGGUUACAUCUGAUCUGUCCGAGAAAGCUAACACGCACAGGAAUUUUCUCAACAAGCAACCAACCACUGAUCAGACCAGACCAGGAUGUUCAGUCAGAGCUUCAUGAUGCUCUCAAUUCUCCUCGUCGUGUCCUUUGUGUCACUGAAAGGUCACGAGGUCAAGGGUGAAAGGUUUGUGGGCAGCUACAGCAAUGAGGAAAGCACAGCCAAGAUGGCGGAGGAGGAGGAGGAAAUGAAAAGCCUGCUGGCCAUACGAAUCCUUGACCCGAGUCUCGGAAACCCCAUGGCAGCUGAGGGGAGUGACCGGUAUCCUGACCGCUCACAAGUCAAACGUGAAGACCCCGCAUUGGUCCGCCCCCUUGAUGCGGUGACCUAUUGGCCCAGGAGGACAUUCACCUUGCCAUUCCAGUACACCUUCGACAUGCAGAGGGGGAGGGAGAUGUUGCUGUCCAGGAGGAAUAGCAAGGGUACCAGGUUCUCCUUGUCCCUGGAUGUGCCCACCAACAUUCUCAGCAUCCUCAUUGACCUUGCCAAGGCAAAAGAUAUGAGGGCAAAAGCUGCUGCCAAUGCUGCUCUGAUGGCACGGAUUGGAAAAUGAGCAAAAGAAAAAUUAACUUGUAUCUAAAGUGUGGCUUUUUAUUCAUGUUCUGAUUAUUUAUUG